AAUAAUAGAAUGGAAUGGCUUAGGCAAAUUUCGUUUUGGUUACUGUUGCAACUGAUUCUUUUAAUAAGUCUCCACAUCAUAUUCUUUUUGUUGCUCUCGAUUUUAUUUCUUCUCUUUAAACUCAAGUUUCUUCCUCUCCAAGUUUCUUCAUCAAAUCCUUUUUCUAAAAUUCUCCCAUGGAAACAGAGGAUUCUCUUAGGGAUCAACUGCGUCAGCUUAAGGAGUCUGGAGCAUGUUAUGUCCAACUGAGGAGAAGUGAUCAAGGAUUGCUAUCCUGGAGGUGCCUGCCCUGCAUUGAAACUUUUACAAAUGUUACCGAUUUCGAACAUCAUUUGAAUUCUGAUGUCCAUAUAAAUCUUCAAAAUUUUGCUUGUAAUACCCUUCUAAAAGCAAACAGAUGGCCAUUUUAUGAUAGCUUGAUAUUUGGGUUAGGAAUUUCUAAUGACCUUGAGGUUAAGAAUGUGCUGUGCUAUGGAGAUAUGGGAGAUAUGAAGCUGGAUUUCAUUGGUAAAUCUCUAAUUUUUAGGAAGUUAAGUGAAGAUGAAAGUGGUAUUCAUAAGAUGUGGGCUGAAUGGAGGGAUAAAUCCUAUCCAACUAUGCAGGAUGUUCCCCUGCAUGACUUUUCACUUGUCAAUUUCAAAUGUAAUUUGACUCUUGGAAUGCCAGCAUCAACUUUUAAGGAACUGCAACAGAUAUCUCUAUAUGAUCUGUAUCAUCGGAGUUGUAAGUUGUGUGAUUGUCCUAUUCCUCCAGGUUGUGAUGUUUCUACCAUCCUCAACAAUGGAUCAUCUAUGCUAUCUUGUAGUUAUCAUAAUACUAAAGGGAUGUAUCACCUUUUUCAUACCUCCUGUCUUCUUAAUUGGAUGUUGAUGAUGGAAGAGUUGUCUCAAGGUGGACCAAUAAUUCAACAACGACGAAAACAAAAAAUCAGCCCUAAACAUCUAGCCAAGUUUCAGGACUAUCGUUUUUGUCCCGAGUGUUGCUGCACGGAUGACGAUGAGAACUUUGUUCUAUGGGUUUUCCGUCUCAGAGAUUUAAUUGUUGAAGGUCGCAUGAAGUGGAGGACUUGUUAUGAGCAUCUGGAGAAUAGCUCUAUUGGACUGAGUUUCCGUUCGGCUGGCCAUCAAUCACAUGCUACAGCACAGGGGAAUGCUCCAGUGAAACUAUUGAGGAUUUAUCAAGGUUAUGCAUAAGCCACUGGGAAAUCCGUUCGGCUGGCCAUCAAUCACAUAUCUGCUCUCUUUUUUUUUCAAUCUUGCUGCUGUCUAGGUGAUAAUCACCUCUGUUUAUACAACUCUGUAUUUUUGUUGUGUUCAUCAUUCUCAUCCUUAAUGUCUAUAUGUUCAUUAUGUUUCUGUUCAUCUUUUAUUGUUGUUGAUUCUGGUUCAACUCGUUUUUAACAAUCUGUUCACUGUCUGUAUUUAUAUUAGAUUUGUGUGUA